AUGGCGAACAAAUAUCUGCCGGCAAGAAGGGACGGGAGGAUAGUAAUACACUUCGACUAUGAUUGUUUCUAUGCUUCAGUCUUCGAAGCGAAGAAUCCGGCACUCAAGAGCUUGCCAUUCGCCGUGCAGCAGAAGCAGAUUAUAGUCACUUGCAAUUAUGAAGCACGGAGGAGAGGGUUGCACAAGCUGCAGCUGAUAAAAGAUGCGAGGAGGAUUUGUCCAGACGUGAUUAUCGAGCUGGGAGAGGAUAUUUCGCAAUUCAGAGAUGCAAGCAAAGAGCUGUACGGCUUCAUUAAAGGCUUCUCAUGGAACAACAAGAUCGAGCGCCUCGGCUUUGAUGAGGUCUGGAUGGACGUCACGGACAUAGUGGAUUACAAUGUUGCCCUACUGAACAGAAAUGAUCUUGAGAAUUCCUUCUUUCAGCUGGUCCAGGACGAUCCGACCGUAGGCUUUGGCCUCGAUGCAACUGUUAUAGCUGGGCACGCAUUCCCGAAAGACUACGUGUCUGAUCCACACUCCACUAAUGUCAACGAGCUGACUUUGCGCUUGCGACUCGGCAGUCAUCUGGCUCUGUACAUACGGCACCAACUGGAGCAGCAGAAAGGCUACACAUGCACCGUAGGAAUAUCGACAAACAAACUGUUGUCGAAGCUAGUAGGCAACCUCAACAAGCCGAAAGGUCAGACUACUGUUAUGCCACCACUCGCUGCAGUAGAUGGUCAUGUCAGCAACGCAAUUACCUUCAUGGAUGACCAUGAGAUUGGAAAGGUGCCAGGCAUUGGGUUCAAGUUUGCGCAGAAGCUCCGAGAGUUCAUAUUGCAGCGGCCUCCAGAGUUUGACGAUGGCCUUGUGUACGGCUGCACGAAGGAGAAGGUCACUGUCGCUGAUGUUCGCAAUCAUCCUGAUGUCGAUGCGCAGAUGUUGGAAAAGCUCUUAUCCGGUCCAGGCUCAGCUCAUGGUAUAGGCUACAAGAUGUGGUGCCUCUUGCACGGGAUAGAUGACAGUGAGGUCAGCGCAGCAAGAGCCGUGCCAAGGCAGAUCAGUAUUGAGGACAGUUACAUCCGUUUGGACACGAUGCCAGAGUUGUUGAAGGAAUUGAUGCAUCUUGCGCAAUCACUCCUCACUCGUAUGCGCAUAGAUUUGCUUGGCGAAGACGACGAUUUCGAGUCGCAGGACGAUCAGCCUGCUGAUCAAGACAUCACAAGUGUCAGCAACUCUGUGUCCGUAGAGGGAAAGAAAUGGCUGGCACGACCAAAGGUGCUGCGUAUAACAACAAGACCACGACAACCCCUACAACCUGAUGGCACCAGGCAACGCUCGUUCAAGCGCAUCUCGCAUUCCGGGCCCCUGCCAAACUUUGUCUUCCGCCUGACAGAAAGUGUGGACGCUUUGGCCGAGAAAUUGGUGAAGGAAGCCCUGGUCGGUCUGUUCAGGAAAUUGCAUCCAGAAAAGGCAGGUUGGAAUCUGAGCCUGAUAAACCUGGCUGUGACCAACAUGGCAGAAACUGCAGGCGACAGCAAAACCGCGAAUGGGCGGGACAUUGGCUGCAUGUUCAGAAAGCAGGAAGAUGUGCUUAGGGACUUUCGUGUGACGGACGCUGACACGCCGCCUUCGUCAGUGGACGUGAAAUCAGAGCAUAUCCCAGACAAAAGCAGUAUAGCAAAGAAAAGCAUCGAAGAGGCCGAAAACGUCAUGUUCGACAGCGACGAGGACGCAGCAUGGGAUGACGGCGAGGAUGAAAAUGACCUGGAUGAGUGUUGUACAAUUUGCCAUUUGAGGAUGCCGGCCUUUGCUAUGGGAGCCCACCAGCGAUUCCAUCUCCAAAAUUCGGACUAGAGUACAUUACUUUCCAACUCCACGCUUUCCAAUCUACCUCAAUCCUGUAGUUUAUGCGCUGGUAGCUCGGAAUUUUCAAUCAAACGGAGUGCGAAGCCUUG